AUGAAUACUAAUAAUCAAACACAUCCUCAAGUCCAUGUAUUUAAUACUCUCCCCCUAAAUCAAUUUGAGAGAACUCGUGAUGGUGGCAAUACUGCAAUUUCCAGACCACAGGAAAUUGCCCAUUUUUCUUAUGAUGAUAAUCACGAGUUUCAUUCAGAUGAUUCUUCGAUUCGCUGGUAUUAUCCGCCUGAUCUAGGGACGGAUUUGAAUCGCGGAUUUGAAACGUUCCGUAAACAUGAUGAUUCUAAGGAUGAGCAUCUGGAAUCGUUGUUGAGGGCGUUGAUGGAGAAAGAGAAAACGACAAAUCUUAAGACUGAGGCCGAUAUUAUUACUUGGAGGGGAAUGAUGACCAAAAUUAUUGCGAGUUUGUUUGACUCUAGGGAUGGGUUCCAGAUGAAUGCCACGUGUUUUGAGGGGACAAUCUUUGUCGAGGAAGAUCAUCAAUAUAAAGUUAUGACCAGAGCUAGACAAGAUGCGCGACAGCGACCUCAAGCAGGAAGACCUUCAGGAGAUGCGAUGAGUUUUUGGGGAUAUAAGUUCGAAACUUUAUGUCUUAUGCCUACUCCGUGGCCAGAAACGUCUCGAGAUUAUAUCGAGAAUCGAGAUACUGAGAUUGUCAAUAACCAUGCCCAAUAUUGUUCCAUUGUAAAAACCAAAAUUGGAAGUAAUGCUUUGGUUAUUGGUGGAGAAGUUGACGGAAUAUACAAGGGAUCAAAGUCUGAGGAUGGAAAGUCUACGGAAUGGCUUGAGUUAAAAACAAGCGUGACUCCUAGGCAUAGAGGAGAUGAGCAGAAUUUUGAGAGGAAGCUUCUGAAAUUCUGGCUCCAAUCAUUUUUGCUUGGAGUUCCUCACAUCAUAGUCGGAAAACGAAGUCCUGAUGGAAUUCUUCAAAGCGUCGAAAGAAUAAACACUGCCCAAAUACCUGGAAUGGUAAAGAGAGGGGGGAAUAAUUCAUGGGAUGGAGAUAUGUGCAUCAACUUCGCGAAUCAGAUUCUUCAGUUCCUGAAAGCAACUAUCAUCGGUGAUGGUGUGUGGAAGAUUCGAAGGAGAGAAAAAUCCAUGGCCAUUGAGGUAUUCAAGGUAGAGGAAAAGGGACAUGGUGGUAUACUAUCUGAUGAAUUCGUCGAAUGGCGAAAUACACUUGAUCAACAAACGGUCCUGAAUUCUCAUGCCGAGAACAACACGGUGCAGAUGAACGGUCUGAAUGUCACUGCGGGAGAUGCACCUCAAGCCGCCCUGGCUGAUAUACCUAUGAGUUGA